AGCAAGGGCUCAUGCAUGCGUGGGGCAGCAAUGAGCCAUGGCGGCGGCAGGGGCGGUGCCAGGUGGGCCGCCGAAACCCUCCCACUUGGCAGCGCCCGCCCCUCCGGGAAAACCAGCGUCGAUAGAUACUACAGAGGCAAUCCAUCCAAGCGAUCCUGCAGUACAGCUAUGCCUGCCGACUUUUUACGACACCAUCAAGGCCUCUGCUAUUGGAGGUCUUUUCCUUUUGGCAGGUUUGUUUGCGUGGAGCAUCUCCGAGGCUGGCAUCCCAGGAGUUGCAAAAGAGCGCUGGUUUGUGCUGCUCUUUCGCUUCCUUGGCUGGGUGGCGGUGUAUUUUCUACCUGUUCAUUUGGUAGCGGUAGGGAACCUGCGUGGCUUCAAUGUGCAUGGUUCGAUUCCAGACAAUUCCGCACUGGUUUGCCUCAGGACUGGCCUUGGGCCUCAUUUCAUUGCUGAAGCAGCCAAUCUGGAGGGCUACAGUGCAGUCCGCGCAGUUGCGGGCACACUGAUGAUAUCAUUUCUCUGCUUGCUGAUCUACGCCGCCUUUAUUUUUGUGUACAUUGGUGAAGAACAUGAACAUCUUGGUUUCGUUUUUGUGUACGGCGUCGGGCACAUUGUAGUGAUAGCUGGAGGGGAAAUCGUCGCACCAGCGGUCCUGCCAGAUCCUUUGAAUAAACGCUAUUCCCAAAAAAUGGGACCUGCCACUUUGGGUGUCGCUUUGGUGGGGUUCUUCAUAGUGACCGCGUCGUACAGCGUGGUCAAGCGCUUCAUUGUGGGAUUUUGGCUAGGGGCACUGAUGCCAGCAAUGCUUAGCCUCUACGAGAUGGGAUGCCUUCUCCUUCUGCAGCGAACUUUCACACGGGAAUUCAUCGAGGAGAGAUGGGUGAGAAGGGCCUAUCAGCACACCAACCAGGGAGUCCUGGUUUCUGUGCAAAUCGCACUAGUUCAUGCCAUGGCGGAGGGUGCUCGCAUGACCCUGAUUUUGUCGGACAUGUUGCAUUCGGCACGGUCAAAUCUGGACUUCUUGGUGCCUGUGCUGAGUACGUUGGCGUGGAACAUCCUGGUCCGGGUGGGGAUGCUUGAUCGUGCUUUGGCGAUCGUCACGUGUGGCAGGAGAACUCCGACACGUUGCAGCUUGCUCCUCCAAGAGGUGAAGUAUAGCAUGGGCCUUCCCAGGUUCUUCGUAGUUCUUGCCAUUGUGCUUGCACGAGUUUUGUCGCGGAAUCCAAUGCUGCUGGUGGGAGAAGAGACGGCCGCUUAUGCCAUCUUGGCAAUUUUCCUCGCCGAAGUGGUUGAGAAUGUCGUGAGUUACAUCCUUGAGUGGUUGGAUUAUAGGGUUCAUCCCACGCGACGUCAGAUCACUGAAUCGGAAGUGGAAGUCAUGGCAUGGGCAAACUUGAAACUCAGCCAGCACAGCAACGGCACCCCCUUUCCAGUCAUACCUGCUCGGCCGAUAUCGGAUUCAACAAACACUGACAGACGCCUCAAUGAAAGAGCAAUGCUGGAAGCUGCGCGAGAAUUUCGCAUUUUUCUACGGGACAAGCGCCUUUGGUAUCCUCCCAUUUUGGGCACAUUUUGCAGCAGUCAUGGUGGCCCAAUUCCACACCAUGUUAUUUAUCAUUCUGCUUGGGAACGGGCUGAAUUAUACUUUGGGCUUCUGUUCUGAAGAAUAUGACGGUUUCGCUCGUGCCAUUGUAUGGUGGCCUCUCACAGGUGAAGAAUGCUCUGGCGAAGUGUGGGAGCAGUGAAGAUACUUGUCUUCAGUGUGUUUGUGGAGGUCGGGUUGAUGACCUCAAAGGUUCAUCAUCCUCGGGUCCUCGUUACCACGUGGUAUUUAACAGCAUUUUCGAAGAAAAAAUUCAAUUCUCGGCAUCCUGGUCCCGGGCAUGGAGCUCACGAAGUGAGUCUUUCCGCUCACAGAUCUAAAGAAUGGAUGCUUUCAGGCUGAAUGGCUUUGAAUCUUAAGUUGUCGAAACAAAGGAACAACAUGCAAAAGAGUUGCUGCGGACAGCUUGUCAAAGGUGCUUUGAUCUGUCGGGUUAAAUGGCCAGAUGGUGC